CGACAGCCAUGGCAUCCACACCUGCGUGUACUGUGUGUGCAUCGACGCACCUCGCAUGCACUGCCUUGCUGACGUUUGUCCCUGUAGAUCCACGCAGCACGCGUCUGGCGGCAAAACCGAGGAAAGGCGCAGAGGAUUGGGAAACGCGGGUGAAUCCGGGACUCAUUUCCUCGGUUUUGCCGGCGAGCAGUCAGGAGUCGAGGCCCAGGACCUGGGACUCAUUUCCUCGGUUUUGCCGGCGAGUAGUCAGGCGUCGAGGCCCAGGACCUGGGACUCAUUUCCUCGGUUUUUCCGGCGAGCAGUCAGGACUCGAGGCCCAGGACCUGGGACUCAUUUCCUCGGUUUUUCCGGCGAGCAGUCAGGACUCGAGGCCCAGGACCUGGGACUCAUUUCCUCGGUUUUGCCGGCGAGCAGUCAGGCGUCGAGGCCCAGGACCUGGGACUCAUUUCCUCGGUUUUUCCGGCGAGCAGUCAGGCGUCGAGGCCCAGGACCUGGGACUCAUUUCCUCGGUUUUUCCGGCGAGCAGUCAGGACUCGAGGCCCAGGACCUGGGACUCAUUUCCUCGGUUUUGCCGGCGAGCAGUCAGGAGUCGAGGCCCAGGAUCUGGGACUCAUUUCCUCGGUUUUCCUCGGUUUUUCCUCAUGACUCGCUACUCCAUUCGCCUCGCGUGGCGUGAUGGAAACGUUAUGAUGCCAGCGGGCGGGGCGAAUGACGAGGGUCGAUAGGGCACCGCGUUGCUCGGGCGGUCCCUCGAGAUUCGCUGUUGAUCGUUUUCGGCGACAAGAUGACACUUCGUUGAGCCAGGCGCGACAGGCACGACAGGCGCGACAGGCGCAUGAAGUGUCCGUUUGCUCGUCUACUCGUAAUCGACCCGUCACGACUCCCGACGACUCGUCCCAAGAGCUGACGGCUGCUUCGAGUGCCAGCCGGUCGAAGGUCAAUCGACGCACUCGAAGCACGGUGAUGAGACUGGCGGUGUGUUUUUGAGAACACAUAUCUCAAAAACAGGGGGCAACUUGACGGUUGAACUAGUCUGCCCUUUUGACGGCUGCUUCGAGUGCUGGUCGAUCGGUCAAAUCGAUUGACCCUGUCCAGGAGUGCCGGCGAUGAUUGACUGACCGUCGUCUCGCUGUCGGUCAGCCGAUCACGGUGGUGACUCGCCAGGCCGCUUAUGCGGGCAGGAAGGCAGAGACUGGCAGGCUCUCGAAAGCACUCUCGCAGACUCGAAAGCAGGCAGACGAAUCAGAUCUGACAGACAAGGCGACAGUCAGUGCGACUGAGAGACGUUACUUUACGACAGAUCCGACAGACAGACCAGCAGUCAGUGCGACAGUCAGUCAGUGCGACAGUCAGUCAGUGCGACUGAGAGACGUUACUCUACGACAGAUCCGACAGCCAGACCGACAGAUCCUCUAUGCGACGAGUCGUUUGACCAAUCGCCACGUCGCCAAAGGACAUAUCUGACCGCCAGAGGGACAGCCGGUCGCCACAGGGACAGCCGGUCACCAAAGCACAUCUGACCCGUGACAGGCCAGUCGGUCCGUCCGACUGAUUGCCGCCCUCUGACGGUCAAAACACUCUAGCCGUCAGGGCUGGCACACCGACCGUCAAUGUUCCUCAUGAGCGUUCGACGGUGGAACCACUUGCUAGCUUGGCAGGCCGAGGCGCAGUCAGCUUCUGCUCUCAGUGACUACUUAAGCGGAGCGUGAGGCUGAGGAGUCUCAGUGCGUUAAUCGAGCAGCGACGCUUGCAUCGACAUUGACUGGCGAUCUUCCUGCCACUCAAGCAGAGUCCGCCAUUCAAAGACACUGACCCGUGCCAAGGCACUCUGAUUCACCGGCGUCUGACGAGCACUGCCUGCCGCCUCGUCCCCUGGAGACCUCAAAACCGCGUGUGCUUAUCUCCAGAGAUCCAGUGUGCACAUCCACUGUGCUUAUCUCUGCGAGUUUCAAAUCUCUGCGAUCUGCUGGGUGGAAACGAUGGCGACGCGGCCUUCACUUCCGUUCCGUGCUACUGCAGCGGUGGUCUUCGUGGCUCUCUUCCUCCUCAUCGCUGCUGACGCGCAGCAGCCCACACCCGGUCAGCAGCAGCCCCCCAUCCGCCCAUCUACCUCCUCCCCCCUUACCUCCUCUCCGCCCUCCUCCAUCCCCCUCUCGUCGUCCUCUCCCUCGUCCUCCCCUCCGACCCCCUUCGCCUCGCCCUUCCAGCCUCCUCUCUUAGGCGGCCUUCAGGCCAACCUCACGCCCAUUCUUCUCCCCACCUCCACCGCUCCCAAUCCUACCACCACCACUCCCACUCCUGGCGCAACUGGUGCUAGGCCCAGUAACGCAUCUAACGCGGCCGGUAUCAAUAGCGCAUCGGCUCUGCCAGGUGGCGGCGCCUCAGUGGUCACGCUGCUCCUGAAUGCAGCCAAUGGCACAGUCGGAUUCGCUCUUCCCUGGGCGCAAGGGGCGGGGGAGAACGUGCAGGCUGGGAUCUACACUGUGGGGGACAUGCUCAAUGGAUCGUCCCCUCGUCUCGUUCUUCCGCUCAUGGGGAUGGCUGUCAAUUCCACCCCUCCUGCUGCUGCCUCCGCUACCCGUGCCGCAUCUGCCUCCUCCUCCGCCCUUCAACCCCUGAAUCCCCUAGCAGCAGCGGGCUCGUCUCUGCUCUCCUUUCCACCCCUAGACCCUGCUGCUGCUGCAGCCACCUCCUCCUCCUCCACUCGACCGUCAGACCCCUUAGCUGCAGCGGCAGCAGCCGUAGCAGGUGCAAUGGCGGGAUUGGGUGGAGCUUCAGGUGCCCCAGGAGGGACAGCAGGGACAGCAGGGGCAACUGGGGCAGCUGGGGCAGGCGCAGCUGGGGUAGACGCAGCUGGGGCAGACGCAGCUGGGGCAGGCGCAGCUGGGUCAGACGCAGCUGGGGCAGGCACAGCUGGGGCAGACGCAGCUGGGGCAGGCGCAGCUGGGGCAGGCGCAGCUGGGGCUGUGGCUGGAGCGCCAAGGAGGGGUUUGUCUGGAGCCGAGUCGAACCCUGUAGCUGCGGCUGUAGGAGCAGCACAGGGGGCCCUGGGCAGGGGGUCAGGGUGGUUGUGGGGAGCUGUGCCUGUGCCGGGUGCGGCGCUCGUGAAUAUUCUGAGGGACCCCAGUCAGUACCAGCUGCGGCUGUCCGCGGGCAGUGGUUCUGACGUUUCCUCCUUUGCCGGCCGACUAGUGGCCGUACCUAUCGACUUGGCUCGGAGCAUCCCCUUCCUUGGCUCGCUGAUUCCCGAGCCUCCUCGGCUUCCUGUGCAGCCCAAUCUUGGCAUUCCCACCCCCCAAUCCCUCCUCUCUCUUGCGUCUGCAAUUCGUGAAGGCAUCACAGCUCUCCCCCAAGCUGCCUUGGGAUCGGCGAACGUUCCAUGGCUGUCUGACUUGGCCAAUGCCCUAGUUGAAGCUGCAAGGAGCAAUCCUGUGACCAAUCUGCUCCCUUGAGGUGGUUGUAAAUUGCAUGCAAUUGGGGGAUUACAACCAGUAUCUGUCUAUAUGCAUGCCCUGCACUUGAACUAUGUGAAACGGAGGUGCUAUCAAGCAGAUUUUGCUUCUUAAAAGUCAUGUCAACUACUACUGCUAUGA